AUUCCGCGUUCAGCAACCUCACCGAACGUUCACCAGCACUCCCAGCACUGCGCAAAUGCACCGCAAUGCGUGUCAGCCUCUCCACCGCGAGCCCGGAUCCUGAGAAAUUGCAGCCUGACUGAUCACUCCACGUGGGCAUCGAGGCUCGGCCGUUUGCCUCGCCGCGACUUUCCCACCCAGUCCGUGGAGCUCGCCACGACGUGACGACCCUCCCGCAAAGCUUUACUAGCCUCCAAGAUGAAGCACUCUGUAUACGAUCGCCUGCUGAAGCGGGAAGUCGGUCACCAGCGCAGAACGUACACAGAUAUUCGGGGCAUCUACGGCGAUAAGCACUGGGUCGAUGAUCUGGACAUUGUGAACGAGCUGGAGGGCCACAAUGGAUGUGUGAACGCCUUGAGCUGGUCGCGGUCUGGCCGCCUUCUCGCCUCGGGCUCAGACGACCACCGAAUCAACAUCCACUCGUACAACCCCGGCUCGGACACGGAGCAGUUCAGCCUGACCACAUCUAUCGUGACGGGACACCGAUCGAACAUCUUCUCCGUGAAGUUCAUGCCCUACUCGAACGACCGCACCAUCGUCUCGUGCACCGACGACAUCCGCAUCUUCGACAUCGAGCACUCUGGGCACUCGGCGUGUGGUUCUGAGAGCAGGCAGAGACCGAACGGAGCACGGCCCAGCAUACACCAUUUGCGCAAUGCUGUCACCCUCACUGGCACAGAGACGAACGAGAAGGCCUUCCGCAGCCACAACGACACAGUCAAGCGCAUCGUGACCGAAGACAAUCCGUUCUACUUCUUAACUUGCUCGAACGACGGCGAUGUAAGACAAUGGGAUAUAAGACAGCCAUCGAAAACAUACCCCCCUGCACAAGACGGGCGACUGCCCUCAUGGGCCAGGGAUCCUGAUGCUGCCGACAACGCGCCACCGCCGCUGAUCUCGUACAGUCGCUAUGGCUUGGACCUUAACACAGUCUCCUGCUCGCCAUCGCAGCCUCACUACAUAGCACUUGGUGGUGCUCACCUCCACUGCUUCCUCCACGACCGUCGUAUGCUGGGGAGGGACAGGCACAGCGAACGAGGAUCGAGGCUGUCAAGCCCAGGCAAUUGGACGGAAACCGAAGAAGAGCUGCUGGGACAGGCUACGCAAUGCGUGAAGAAGUUUGCGCCCAGCGGGAAGCAGUAUAUGAAGCGCAAUGAUGGUGGACAUAUCACGGCCUGCAAGAUAAGCGAUGCGCAUCCGAACGAGCUCAUUGUCAGCUGGUCACAGGACCACAUCUACGGUUUCGACAUUCAAAGAGCACCUGAUGCGCGUGAGGAGGUCAGGACAUCGAAGGUGUCGACUGGUGAUACCACAGGCAGGGUGAAAGACAAGAGCCGAAAGCGAAAGCGCCCAAGGUCAAGCACGCAAGAAGCUACAGGUAGGGCCGGUUCCAGGCAGCGCACUGGAAGCGCCGAUCAAGACCUAGCCCUUCGAGUCAGGUACGACAAUGGUCAGUCCGAGGAUAUUCGCAUCGAAGCCCCCACGAGCAACGGCCUAUCGCAGGAAGAGCUGAACGAGCUGCGUGGCACCGACCACUUCCGUAUCGCAAAGACAACUGUCAAGAUGAAGAAGCGCAUCUUCGGUUUAGCUGACCAUGGCGAGUCUGGUCUGCACCUCGCUUACACAUCACUCCUAGGCCUGGCACACUCGAUAUUGCCUGAUAUAGACGACCUGUCCAGAGGCUGGGGUUAUCCAGUCGAUCCCGAUCCAGUGGACGUGGCACUACAGAACAGGCUUCGUGACGACCGUGCUGCAUCUCGACGUUUCGUUCAGGCCGCUGGCACACUUUCUCGAGUGAUGGGUGGGCAGCUUCUGACAGGGUCUAGCUCGACGUCCGACGCGGUGAUCGCGCAGUACUUUGCAUCAAUACAGCAUGCGCCACGAGAGCGAGAACUGCCACGACAUGAGCAGUUUGGCUACGACUUCCUCAAGGCCAUCCUACUCUGGCUCGAUAGCGGUCCAGGUGCAGUCGUUGAGGGCUUCUCCAGCCGAAGUGGAGGCGACCGCCUACCCAUACCCCAGGACUCGGACAUGGACGCCAUCGAAGAGGUACUCAUCCCAUAUCUGAUGGACCUGGCGAGUGAGGAUGCGAUCGUCAACGUCGACGUAUCGAAGUUCAUGACAGACGACAUUCGAGUACUCUUCCCGACCGAGAUCGACGCUGUUCGUGCGUUCUCACACGCAGUCCAGAUCCCCUUUGCCGACCUGACUGGCGGCGAGGACGUUGAAGACGAUGAGGACAAGCCAGAUUUCACGAAUCAGAACCGCGAUGCGGCGAAGCUGAAGUGGGGACACCAGAUUGGGAGAGGCUUGCUCCUUAAUGCUUCCAAGGAUAUCAAAUUUGCAUUCGUGGACCGGGCGUUGGGCGGACGUGGCAUCUCAGACGCUAGCAUCAGAGCAGAGGAGAGAGCACUGAGAGAGCAGCAAGAGGACAUCGAUACUGCCGAGGAGGAGAUAGAGCAGCUGAGUGCCGAAAUUGCAAGGGCGGAUGCGAUUAGUGAGCUGGAAGCGGCAGCGUCAGGGUCGUCUGCAGAACACAUACCUCCGGAGCUGGAAGACUUGCUCGACGAAGAUGACACAGACGAGGCUGACGAAGAGGUCAUUGAGGAAGACGAGGAAGACGAGGAAGACGAUGACGAUGACGAUGACGACAGUGACGGUGACCUGGAAGAAGAGUCUGAAGAGGAUGAGGAAUCUGGUUCAGAUGACGAAGGUCUACGCCGGACCAGAAGCGGACGCAUGCUAUGGAGGUCAGAGUUUGGUCGGAGAAGAUAUCAGAGGGCCAAGGUUGAGCGCGACAUAGCGUGCGCGCCGCACACACGAGUGUACACGGGACACUGCAACGUUAAGACGGUCAAAGAUGUCAACUACUUUGGCCUCCAAGAUGAGUAUGUGGUCAGCGGCAGUGACUCUGGACACGUCUUCAUAUGGGACCGCAAGACUGCACAGCUCGUCAACAUCCUCGAGGGCGACGGGGAGGUGGUCAAUGUCGUCCAAGGACAUCCAUACGAGCCUAUCUUGGCUGUGUCUGGCAUCGACCACACCAUCAAGAUCUUCUCGCCUGAUAUCCGGGACCAGUACAACGCCCGAAAGGGUGUUGGUGUGCACUCUGCAGACACGACUGGAUUCUCCAGCAUCGGCCUUGGGCGUCGAAGGAGGCCUAGCGGGCCAGAGCGGGCAGUCGAGCCUACCGACGAUGAAGCUAUGAGCGACGGCGAUGGAGAAGUUGCAGCAGGCGGUCUGAAGAGCCGCAAGCGUCUGCACCAAGCCUACCAGAUCACGUCGAAGAACGACAUGGACCGCAGAGGAGGAAGGGACGACUACUUCAUCUCACAAGCGGUAUUCGCACAGCUUGCACGGCACAUUGCGGCGAAUCAUGGCGGUGCAGGCGCAGGCGACGGCGAAGUGGGCGAAGACGGCGAGGGACCAAUUGUCAUCACCGAGGACAACUGCAACGUCAUGUGAGCGGAGGCAUUCACAGCGCGUUCGAGCAUCUU